AUGAGCAGAGUCUCGUGUUUGAACUUUGAUACCUCCUUCUUACACUGCCCAGCUCUCCCUCCCACCUCCCUACAUGAUCAUUUCUUCACUUCUCCCCAGUUGCAGUCCAUUCCCUCCCAGCUAAUUGUUUCUAAGUUUUGCUCUUAUUUGUUUGAUUUUGUGACAGCCUCCUGAAGUAAAGAUGGCUCCAGAAAAGGAAAGCAAUGGUGACAACUACGCAUUUGCACUUGAAAGCCGCGUCUGUGAGUUACAUGAAACCAAACAUGGAGAGGACGUUGACACUCCAAUGGACGAAGAGGGAAGCAAGUUGGCUUAUUGCGUAACAGAUGUACCGCCUUGGUACUUGUGUAUCCUUCUUGGUAUUCAGCACUGCUUGACAGCAUUUGGAGGUAUCAUUGCCAUCCCAUUGAUCCUCUCACAAGGCUUGUGUCUUCAACAUGAUGCCGUCACACAGAGUCACCUCAUUAGCACCAUCUUCUUCGUGUCUGGAAUCUGCACUCUGCUGCAAGUUACUUUUGGCAUCAGAUUGCCAAUUCUUCAAGGUGGGACAUUCACAUUGCUUGCACCGUCCAUGGCGAUGCUGUCAAUGCCAGAGUGGACUUGUCCUGCUUGGACGCAGAACGCAAGCCUCGUCAAUACAUCUUCUAGUGAAUUCAUAGAAGUGUGGCAGACUAGAAUGAGAGCAGUGCAGGGGUCCAUUAUGGUGGGCUCACUCUUGCAAGUGUUCAUUGGUUUCUCUGGACUGAUUGGCAUCUUCAUGCGUUUCAUUGGACCUCUCACCAUAGCCCCCACCAUCUCUCUCAUUGGACUCUCUCUGUUUGACUCUGCUGGUGCCAGUGCAGGGAACCACUGGGGAAUCUCAACCUUAACCACUGUCCUCAUCAUCAUUUUCUCACAGUACCUUCGUCACAUCCCUGUGUCUUUGCUGACGUACAGCAAGGAUAAAAAACUACACUCCAGGCGUGUUUACAUCUUCCAGAUUCUCCCUGUUCUGCUUGGAAUCUCCUUGUCCUGGCUCCUGUGCUAUAUUUUAACAACCUACAGUGUACUUCCCUCUGAUCCAGAGCAGUAUGGCUACUUGGCUCGUACUGAUCUCAAAGGCGACGUCGUGGGUAAAGCUCCUUGGUUUACAUUCCCCUAUCCAGGUCAAUGGGGGAUGCCCACCGUGAGCGUGGCAGGGGUACUUGGCAUUUUUGCCGGUGUGAUUUCAUCCAUGAUAGAGUCCGUUGGGGAUUACCAUGCCUGCGCCAGGCUAUCGGGGGCUCCGCCACCACCUAAACAUGCAAUCAACCGGGGCAUUGGGAUUGAGGGGAUUGGGUGUCUGCUGGCUGGAGCCUGGGGGACAGGAAAUGGUACCACCUCAUACAGCGAGAAUGUGGGAGCACUCGGUAUCACCAAGGUUGGCAGUCGUAUGGUGAUUGUCGCUGCGGGUGUCUUCAUGAUUGUUAUUGGUGUUUUUGGAAAAGUGGGAGCUAUUUUUUCAACCAUCCCAACACCUGUUGUAGGGGGGAUGUUUAUGGUUAUGUUUGGAGUCAUUUCUGCUGCAGGGAUUUCUAAUCUACAGUAUUUAGAUUUGAACUCAUCUCGCAACAUCUUCGUGUUUGGUUUCUCCAUGUUCUCGGGUCUUGUCAUACCAAACUGGAUACUAAAGAACCCCACGGCAAUUUCAACAGGUGUGACUGAGAUAGACCAAGUGCUGCAAGUCCUUCUCACAACCAGCAUGUUUGUUGGAGGUUUCUUUGGUUUCUUACUAGACAACACAAUUCCAGGCACAAAGGAAGAACGAGGCAUUCUAGCCUGGAACAAAGCGCACGAGGACAGCUCCUUCAACACACUGGAGAGUAAAGAAGUCUAUGACCUGCCUUUUGGCCUGAGUGCUUCCUUGUCUUCUCUGCCAUGGAGUCGUUACCUACCAUGCUGCCCACCAACUGUGCCUAAAGGGCCUGAUGGAUGUAGAGAAGGCAGAACCACUCAGGAACCAAAGAAGGAACUUGGACAUUCAGAGCCUUCACAGAUCAUUGUUGGAGUUGUUUCUAAGUUGUGAACUCGUAUCAGCAUCCCAUUUUGGGGAUUUUUUUUCAAUACAUGCAAUGCCAUGAGCGAAAUCAGAAUUCAAUAUUUAGUAUUAGCUCACUGUGAAAGAUGCUUUGUAAUUUUUUGUAAACUAUAUUCAUUCAUAUAAUCUAUAUUUAAUGUCCCAACAUUUUUGAUUGUAUUAUUAGUCUAAUAAAUGUUUAUUGUAUUUAAGAAUUUAUUUGUUCAAUAUGAUCAGAGAAUCAUUUACAAUACUAAUGCUUUGUUUAUUUCGGCUAGUUCACCAUUGUCACCAUUCAUCACAAUUUUAUUUCAUGCACUGUUAACACAUGACUUGCUGAAAUGGGCAAUGGAAUGAAGUAAUUUUGUUUGUCUAGUACCGCCCUGAUUCCAACCAUCAAUUUACAUCACUUAGCUCCAUAAUUACACAUCCUAUAUGUUACUUUUGCAACCACAAAAAGAGUGAUAUUCUAAGUUGUAUACAGUCUUUAUAAUAAAGGUUUAUGAGAUAGCAA